AUGGUCGGAGAACCAAUUGCUCAAGUACACUAUGAACAAACUGUUAAUAAGACUGGUUGGGCUACUUUGAGCUUGAGUACUAAUCCAGAUCACAGUGAUGAAGAACAAGCCUUCGCUGCUGGUUUUAUUGAAGGAUUUACUACUGGAGAAUUAAUGCAAGAAUAUUGGACUGGAUAUAAACAAUAUACUUUUGAUGAUAGUCAAAACAAGCAAUUGAAUGCAUUCUUGGAUGGUAACUUCCGUUUCAUGAAGAGAAAGAUUGCUGAAUCAAAGAAUUCAACUGAUACAAGUGAAAAGCUUUACUGGCAUCAUGUUGCUUUGGUUUUGGAACAAGUUGAAGGUUUAUUUGCAGGUUAUUUGAAGGCUAUGGCUGAAAAAGAUACCUUGCCUCAACUUUCAUUGAUUGACAUGUUUAAAUUCCAAUUGGAUGGUGAUAUUGAGGAUUUGUCAAACAAGUGGUCUCCUCCAUCUUUCCACACAAUGACUCAAUUUGAAUUGGAAUCAUUUGCUAUUUUCAAGACUAAAUGUAGUGCUUUUGUUAAGUUAAGUCAUGAUAGAAGCAAUGUAUUCUUGACUCAUGCUACUUGGGAUACUUUCCAAAACAUGCUCAGAAUUUUCAAACAUUACAGAAUUAACUUUAAGAAUGUUCCAGCUAAAUUGGUCAGUUUCUCAUCCUCUCCUGGUUGGUUGGUUUCUGUUGAUGAUUUCUACAUUACAGAUGCUGGUUUGGUUAUUACUGAAACUUCAAACAAUAUUUUCAACUUGACUCUCUAUAAUAAGGUUGUUCCAGAAACUUUGUUCUACUGGAUCAGAAAUAUUGUUGCUAACAGAUUGGCCACUUCUGGUAAGGAAUGGACUCAAUUGUUUGCCAAGUACAACAGUGGUACUUACAACAAUCAAUGGAUCGUUCUUGAUAUUAACAAGUUUGUUCCAUAUGCUAAAACAUCUCACCCAGAUCUUCUCUACAUUUUGGAACAAAUUCCAGGUGAUUGUAAGAUUGCUAGUGUCAGCCAUAUUCUUGAUAGUUCUUAUUGGGCUUCUUACAAUAUUCCAUACUUCCCUUAUAUUUACAACAUUUCUGGUUAUCCAGCUCAAUUCCAAAAGUAUGGUGAUUUCUGGAGUUAUGAACAUUGUCCAAGAGCUAACAUUUUCAGACGUGAUCUUCCAGCUGUUACUGAUAUUGAAGGUGUUAAAUCUUUGAUCAGACAAAACAAGUACCAAACUGAUCCAUUCUCUGGUGGUGAUGCUUGCCAUGCUGUUGCUGCUAGAUGUGAUUUGAAUCCACCAAAUAUGAGAGCUCAAGCUUUCGGUGCUAUUGACGCUAAGGUUACUGAUGUCCACAUGGCUAAACUCAAUAGAGCUGUUGCUCAAUCUGGUCCAACUCAUGACACUCAACCUGUUUUCGAAUGGACUGCUAACUGGGAUAAGACAAAUAUUCACACUGAUCAACCAGUCAGAUUUGCUUUUGAUUGGGUUAAUAUGGCUCCUCAACUUUAAUUUAUUAUUAAAAUUAAUAUUUCUUGU